CCCCGUCACGGUCUACGGUCGGAUGUUGUUGCCCCUUCGACGACCAGGGGCUGCGAGUUUCGCCCUACGCGCUCGACGUACCUGCUUCUCCAUGGUACAUAGCUAGUCUAGCAACUGUGGUGCAACGCUCGUUGUCGCGCGCUGUCUGCAACAGAACUCGACAGCCAAUGGACUCUCCCAAGGUGCGCUUCCAAGGCGGGGCGGCGGCCGUGACGGAUGCCCUGGCUAGCCACGUACGCGCCAAGGGGGUAAAGAUUGUGCUAGGCUGCGUGGUGAACAAAAUAUCUACGACCGAUGCCGAUGCGGUGCUGGUGGAGGGUGUAGAGCUGGCCGAGCCGAGAAGUUGGAGAGCCGGUGCCGCACUGCUGGCGAUUCCUCCCCGCCUUAUCCUGCCGCCGCUAAUUUCGUGGGAGCCAAGCUUGCCGGCUGAGCUCGCCGAGGCUGCGGGGGCAACUCCAACGUGGAUGGCAGACACCACCAAGGUUCUAGUGACGUAUCCGCGUCCGUUUUGGAGGGAGCAGGGUUUAAGCGGGACCGCAAUGGGCUACGGGGAGGGGCCCAUCAACCAACUCUACGAUUCGUGUGGUUCAGACGGCAGUGAACCCCACGCGCUUUGUGGGUUUAUUUUUGGCGCCGGGGCGGACCUUCCUGGCGAUGACACCCUAAGGCUGCGGGUGAUCGAGCAGCUCGAACGGAUGUUCGGCGCUGAGGCCAGGUCUGCUCUGAGCUUCUCCUCUCAUCGCUGGGGGGAGCAGCCCUUGACAAGCGGAAACGGAGGUGGCACAGGCGGAGGACACGACGACAUGGGAAAAUCUGAGCUGAAGAUACCGUUCGGCUCGGCUUCACAUGGCGGAGCUCCUCGUGUCUGGUUAUCCGCGGCGGAAACUGAUGCGAGGCACGCGGGACUGAUGGAGGGUGCUCUUGUGGCCGGAAAGAGGGUAGCGGAACAGGUAAUUCUCGCAGGGAUCGUGGCGUCAAAGCAAGACAGCGAAGCAGCCAAAGAAGAAGAGGCCACGUGUACGGCGUCGGGAGGAAAUGCGCUUUAGGCUAACCUAUGUCAUGCGCCGUAUUGGCCACGAAGCGAAAGACGAGCAGCACCCACGGCCUCCUCUUGGACAAUGGUUAGUGACUAGGCUGGCUGCUGCUGUUUUCCUUGGAUCCAGGCUACAAAAAUUGACCACAUGUAUGCAUAGUUGGCAGGAUUUUUUUUGCU